CUAAGUGCCCUGAAGACCAAACCUUUGUGCAGGGUAGUGGUACUUGAUGCUUAGGUUGUACUCUAGACCAUUUAAAGCCUACUCACAGGACGGGAUCCAGGGAUCAGUAAUUUUUUAUGUUUUCCAGACAAUUCUAGUGUCUUAGACAAUUCUUUUAGCUAAGGAUGAUGGUCCUGAAAAUUGUCUGAUUAUAUGAAUUUGUUUGGGUCCUCCAGGAAGCAGAUGCCAAGACAGAAGUACAAGUGCAAGAGAAUUAUUGGGGAAAAUGCCUGGAAGGAUAAAGGGUGGAGUCUUCAGACUGCAAGGCCGGUUUGAUGCCUGUGAAAGAAGAGAGGAAGAGAAGGAGGAUUGAGUGGAAAGAGCCUCAGUCUUUAGUGCAACUCUGAGAAAAUCUCAGAGUAAAGAGGAAUCUCGUGUUGCACAGAAUUGGCCUCACUAGUACCCCCACCGUGCUCAGUCUUAGAUGAUUCUUAAAAUCAGGCAAAUUUGUGAAAUAUCAGGGAUGAGUGCUGAGAUUACAUUAAGGACAAAGAAAGGAAUGUUCUUCACAUUUCAGAAUCAUUUUGUGUAGUGGUUGUGUAGAUGAAUUUUCAGUUAAGGUAGCUGGACUAUAAUAGAAAAGUGGGCAGAAGCUUUACUAGUAAUUUAAUGAAGAAAUGGACUUUUUAUUCUUUACACUCUAAAAUGCAAACAGUACCCAUUCUAUUACUUUGAUUAUACGAGUAACUAUAACUUGUUUGAAACUAAAGAAAGUAUGUGUGGUAUAAGAUUAUUUGUAGAGGAAUCAUUGCAAUCUGAUCACUACAACAUUGUAACUUAGAGUCCAAUGCUAGCACAUGGUUGUUAAUUAUUAUAGCUUAUUUUAUUUUGUACAAUUUCUGUGUCAUGAAAAAAUAAUUUCAUUUUAAACCACAGAUUUGAGAGAGAAGAUCUAAUCACCUGGAAUUAGAGUUGGUACAGAAACUCCUUUUCAACUCUAAAAAUGUUGGAGGAAGAUAUGGAAGUGGCCAUCAAGAUGGUGGUUGUAGGGAAUGGAGCAGUUGGAAAAUCAAGUAUGAUUCAGCGAUAUUGCAAAGGCAUUUUUACAAAAGACUAUAAGAAAACCAUCGGAGUUGAUUUUUUGGAGCGACAAAUUCAAAUAAAUGAUGAAGAUGUUAGACUAAUGUUAUGGGAUACAGCAGGUCAAGAGGAAUUUGAUGCAAUAACAAAGGCCUACUAUCGAGGAGCCCAGGCUUGUGUGCUUGUAUUUUCUACCACUGACAGGGACUCUUUUGAAGCAAUUCCCAGUUGGAGAGAGAAAGUAGUAGCUGAAGUUGGAGAUAUACCCACUGUCCUUGUACAAAACAAGAUUGAUCUUUUCGAUGAUUCUUGUAUAAAGAAUGAGGAAGCUGAGGCACUGGCAAAAAGAUUAAAGUUAAGAUUCUACAGAACAUCAGUGAAAGAGGAUCUAAAUGUAAAUGAAGUUUUUAAAUAUUUGGCUGAAAAAUAUCUUCAAAAACUCAAACAACAAAUAGUUGAGGACCCAGAAGUAAUGUGUUCAAGUAGUAACAAAAUUGGUGUCUUUAAUACUUCUGGUGGAAGUCACUCGGGUCAGAAUUCAAGUACCCUUAAUGGUGGAGAUGUCAUCAAUCUUAGACCCAACAAGCAGAGGACCAAGAAAAACAGAAAUCCUUUUAGCAGCUGUAGCAUACCCUAAACAGUUUUAGGGAGGAAGAAAAUUGAAUAAUAUUGUGCAAUUCAGCAAGAAAUGCAUAUAGCUGUCAUGGUAUGUUAUAGGUCUUUUAGCAGACUUUGCACUUAAUGGCUCUCUGAAAGUUGACAGACUUAAAUAUAGCUCUGGCAAUGUUUUUCUGAAUGUAGAGUGAGACCUCUGGUGGAAAAAGUACUGCCCUGUGGACUCGUUUUAAUUUUUUACAUAAGACGAAGCUUUUCCUGUUUUUGAGGGAAUGCUGGAAGAAAUGUCAAAAACAGGUUUUGCUGAAUUUCAAAAUCCUGGAAAAAUAAAUGGAAUUCCUAAAUAUUUUGGUAGGUCUUAAUAUUAUGGACCAAGGAAAGAUAACGACCAUUCUUUUUCUGAAAUUGACCAUGUCGCUUUUCUGAAGAAUAAUACUGAAUCUGAAAACUUACCAGAAAUAUAAUAUUGAAAGAUAAACCCUAUAUUUUGCCAGGCUGCGUUAGUGUGUACUUUGGCAAUGUUACUUGUGCAAUACCUGUAUAAUGUAGAGUGUGGAGGUAUGCAUGCAGAUAUUGAUACUGAAGUAAACUGAAGGUAUGUGCAGUAUUUAAGGAAACUUAGAUUCUAACUAAUGUUUUCAUAAAAUCAUUUACACAUUGUGUGUAUGUUAAAAGUUUUUAUUUUCAAAUGAGAAAUUCCAGACAUAUAUUUUGCAAAUUGAGCUUGGAUUUAAAAAGUACUUUGUGCCAAAAAUAUCAUACUUAAUUUUUAUAGGGCUUUACUAUCAUUUAUAUUGUUGUAAUAUCUUUAAAAAGCAGUUUUCCUCUCUGACAGAGUAAACAGAAGAGGAGUAUAGACAUUUUAAUGCUAGAGCAUCUCUCAGGUGAGACUAGGUAAAAUCUGAGAGCUAAUUUUUUUGUAUGUCCGUCCGCUAGUGUGUGAGUUUGUGCUGUGAAAAGGUUAGCCCAGUCCCUGAGCCAAUAAGCAGGACAUCUGCAGUUACUCAUUAUGUCCUAUAAAGUACAGUGCUGCAUUCAGCACCUUUUGCUGCUGACUGAGAACCCAAUUUUGAACUUUAAAAAUUAAGCUAACAAUUUUAAAAAAAUGGACAAGAUGGUCUCUUGUCCUAAUCCAAAUUAUGAAUUUUAUAAUGCCCUGCAAUUAUAAAACAUUCUUUUGUUUACACAUUUUUGUGUGGUAUUUCAAGAUUAUCACUUAAAAUUUUCUAUAACCUUGGGUUUGUAUGGCACUUUCUCAAGAGCUCUGUCAGCACCAAAUACAAAAUAAUUUAUCUUAAGAAAUGAUUUUAAUAUGUGUCAGAGCAUAAAUUUUGUGACUUGGGACAGUAGAUAAUUGCAUGAAUUACGUUAAAACAUAAUUUAUCAAUUGUUUGUUUUUAACCUAUAAAUAAUCCCUUUCAAUAUUCUUGGUUUAACAGAAUUUCACAAUAUAUAAAAGAAACUUCUCUUGAAAAAUAUGAGCACCAUGAAGUAAUUUUUCAUUAUUUGUACUAAAUACAUAAUGCUUUGUUUAUUCCUCUUGUAUGUUUUAUCUUGUUUUGUUUUUAAGUCUUCCAUCUGCACCACUCUCUCACCCUUGCCCAGAUUAAUGCUGAGAACAUAAAUAGAAUUUUCCAGAACAUCCUUAUUAAGUUAUCAAGAAUGUUUGCUUUUCAUAAUAUUGAAAUAAUCUGGCAUUAUCUAUUUCAAAAUAAUAUAAAAUGUUUACUUUUAGGUCAUGAGUUGUCACUGCUCCCAUUGCUGGCGGUGGGAUAGGUGUUGGGAAAAACUUGGUUCGUAACCUAACAAUGGACACCUGCUAAUGAGUAACUCAUCUUUCCUUUUCUACUCUUGAAAUGUAGUCUCUUCUUUCUUUUUGCCCAAAAUACAUUUUACAGCAAAUAGUCUUGUGGUUUUCAUUAGUAGAAAAAUCACGUAUAAUAUGUUGCAGUUCUAUUUCAUAUAGCAAUUAAUGAAUGUGGAUAAAAAUUUGUUACUUUAUAAGAAAUGAAAUUUCUGAUGAUGGUUCCAGUUCUCUAAUAUUUGUAAUAUGAUUUAAUGUGUUUAAUUAUGUCUGUUUUUCCUUUUUUACAAGAGCCGAAGAGACCUUUGUUACAUAUUUGAGGUUUUAAUUUGCACUGCUAUAUUUUAAACCUAACUGUAAUUAGUCAUUUAAAAUAAUCAAGUAGACCUGAAGUUUGGCCAUAAGUGAUACUAUUAAAUAAUUUCUCAAUUAAUUCUGAAGAGGUAGGACUGGGUGCUUGACCCAGAUCCUUCAGCAAAGCUUAACCCAGCAGUAUUGUGCCUCCUGUCUGUGUUGUGUUAUGUUCUAGGGCUUGCAUCGCUGACAUUAAGUUGUUUUUUCUCAGAGACUUUUAUUUCCUGUAAAUAACUUUAUUCCUUCUAAUGAAACAUUGAUGCUAAAGCACAGCCUGUCCGGGACUCUUGGCCAUUGUGCAUUUGUGCUCUAAUCCACUUUUUUUUAAUAUUAUGGCUGGUUUUUAACACAGAUACAUAGCUGUGGGGUAGUCGCCAUAUCUCAGAGUUCCUCAUGUUUCCUUUUCCUUUUUCAUUCUCUGCCUAUCAAAUUAAAUAGCAUAUAGAAUAUCCGUCAUGGCAAUAAGUUAAAUAAAACCAGGUUAAAUGUUUUCCUUUUUAUCUGUCCCAAGUUGAUAGCACACAUGUAUUUUUUCAAAAUAAAGUAAAACUAACACUACCAAAAAAAUUCCACAGUGUGGAAUGAAGUUAGAUGGGUUUCAGAAGUUGGCAAUGCAUUGCUUAGAAAUAACACUCAUUAAUGUGUGGUCCACUCUGCCUGUGAUCUUUUCUGAAGAUCUUAGAAUGGUGAGUAGGCCUUAGGACUUAAUGUCCCAACUUAAAGUGUUGUAUUACUUUAAUGCAAGAUGUAUUGUUUAAUUGUUAGCAUCUUUUUCGAAACCUUUGAAAUAAUUACUGGUAACCUGCUGAAAUGCUGCCAUUAAUAUGUAAUUAGAGUGUAUGUUUUCCUGAAAACAAAAUGGACUCACAGGGUGAAGGCAUUCAGUUAACUAUUACACACUGCACAAUCAUCUUAUGAAGGGGUAGAUUUAGUCAGUUUGAACUAUUUAGUUACAAGUAUCAUGUGUACUCUUGUCACCGUUUAGGUUUUCACCUAUAAAACAUGAGACAGUCAAACGUGAACUUUACUUGCUAACCGUAAAUAUUUAAGGCCAUAGUGGACUCCAGACAAUCCAAUAGCCAAUCCCUUGGAUAACUGGAUGAUUUGGUGUAACCUUUAUUAGGUAGUGAUCCUUUUCUUCUCUCUGUUGAAUAUCUGUAGUAGGAUCAUUGUGACUGGUCUUUUAAAAAUAAAAACUUUGGAGUAAAAGGAGAAAGAACCCAGUUUAUAUUUUUGUUACUAUUAAACUUUUUGUAAAUUUGAAUGGAAAACUGCUUUUAUGUAUUGCUGUUGGUUUGCAUUUAUGCCCUCAAGCUUAAUUUAAAUAUACUACUCAAUAAAAAUUCAUGAAAGAUGAAUUCCAAUAAUCAAAAAAUAAAUGCAUUUC